CAAAUUUCGAGAUAAGCCAUUGAACCAGUAAAUACAAAGAUUCGUCCACCCUUUUCUUGCAACCAACGACGAGCCUGACAUUCGAAGGAUGAAACGCAAAGGCGUCGAGGCCGAGCAGCCUCCUCUGAAAAAGCGCAAUACCUCGAGCGAUGCUCCUCAAUGGCUACAAUCUGCCUUCCGACCUGACCUGUUUAGCGACGACACCGUUCAAUCAUUCCGCAAAAGUUACACAACUUCGAGCCCAUAUCCUCAUGCCGUCGUGCCUUCUUUGAUUCAAGAAGCUCUCCUACGCUCCGUCCGAAGCGAAAUAAUCUCCCACAUCCACUUCACUGCCAAAGAAACCGACAUCUAUCGCAUCCACCAGUCCGGAGACCUUGCAAACUUGUCCAACCUCGACGCCGAGUCCCUCAAACACCUCCCCAGCCUCGUCACCCUUCGCGAUGCCCUGUACUCGCCCGAGUUCCGAGAAUGGGUGUCUACGGUCACAGGUGCGGGCAAAGUGUCCGGCAAGAAGACGGACAUGGCGGUCAACGUGUACACUCCGGGCAGUUACCUCCUUUGCCACGACGACGUGAUCGGCAGCAGGAGGGUGAGUUAUAUCUUGUAUCUGACGGAUCCAGAUCAUCCCUGGCAGCCUGAAUGGGGUGGCGGCUUGAGGUUGUUCCCGACCGAGACGAAGAAGAACAAGGCCGGGGAGGACAUCCAGGUUCCUUUGGCCGAGCAUAGUGUCAAUAUCCCACCGUCGUUUGGACAGUUGAGCUUCUUCGCUGUGCGGCCUGGCGAGAGUUAUCAUGACGUGGAGGAGGUGUACCAUGGACCCGACCCUGAGGCUGACGGAAAACGAGUACGCAUGGCGAUCAGUGGAUGGUUUCACAUCCCGCAGGAGGGCGAGGAAGGAUUUGAAGAGGGCAUCGAGCAGGCACAAGCACAGAAGUCAAGUCUGGCACAGUUGAAGGGGGCAGCGAAUGAGUUUGAUGAACCACAGUUGAUCUUCCGACAUUUCGACGAGCCGAGACGGGUGAUGGACAGUCAUGCCUCUAAGGAAGAAGUCGAUCCAGGCGAUGAUCAGGACGCCGAGGACGAGCUACUCACCGAACAGGACUUGACGUUCUUGUUGCACUAUAUGACGCCGAGCUAUCUUACGCCAGAUAUGAUUGACGACUUCAGGUCGUCUUUUGUAGAUAUGUCUGUGCUCCAACUUGAACAGUUCUUCAAUGCGACCUUCGCGAAGGAGUUGAAAGAGUACAUCAGUGCCGUCGAGCAGGACGCACAGGAUGCGAGAACCUCAGAGUCGAAGUCUCACCCCUCGAAUUGGAGUAUCGCUCGACCGCCGCAUAAACACCGCUAUGCUUACCUGCAGGGUGCAGAGGCACUGCACAGAGAUAAGACGCCCGUGUCCAAGAUCCUGACUGACCUGCUUCAUUCACACGCCUUCAAGAAGUGGUUAGCCUUGGUCACGGGGCUGAAGACGAAGGGUCUGAUCCGCCAAAACGCCAUCGCAAGAAGGUUCCGACGCGGAAAGGACUACGCUUUAGCGAAUCCCUUCAAUGGAGAACAACCACAGAUUGAAUUCACCAUCUCUAUGACACCAAGCCGAGGCUGGGAGAAGGCCGAAGAAGAAGACGGCGAAGAAGGUGAUGCCGAGAAAGCAAAGAAGGGCUUCCAGAUGGCAGAGAAAGCAUUGCACAAUGGCAUGCCGCCUGUGGACAACGGCGAGGAGGCUGAAGGCAAAGGCAAAGGCAAGGCCAGAGUUGUUGAGCCUGAGAAAGUCCAAGUGUCGACGCCCACUGAACCCGACUACGGUGGUGAGGAAGUGUACAUGGCAGGCGACGAUGAUGAUAAUGCUUCAGUUCAUUCUAGAUCGUUGCCGAAUGUGGGCAAGAAGGCAGAUCCAGCGGUCUAUAAGUCUUCGAUGGGCGAGAACGACGAAGAUGAUGGGAUAUUGUUUACGAGUCCGCCGGCGUGGAAUCGAUUUAGUGUUGUGCUUAGGGACAAGGGGACGCUGAGAUUCGUCAAGUAUGUGAGUCAGGCGGCUCAAGGGGAUCGGUGGGAUAUCAAAGGCGAGGUUGAGGUCAGUGAGGAUGCGUGGGAUGACGGUCCUGAGGAUGAAGAGGGCGGAGCAGAAGACGAAGACGAGGAGGAAGAUGACGAGGACGAGGACGAGAUGGAUGAUGAAGAUGAAGAUGAAGAUGACGAUGAAGAUGGAGAUAUUGAAGGCGAUGGUGAAGAAGGGGAAGGCGCAUCUGCCGAGGAGAGAUACCAAAGGCGAUUUGGCUAAGGAAGCUGUACAGAGUAUUGUGUAGAGGAAUCCGGCCGAUGCUGGACAAAAGGAAUUCGUCGCCACGCCCUGCUGGUCGUGCUAUCAUGCAAUCUUCUCGGCUGGAACGGCUUCACCAGACGGCAAUUCACCUCA